GCGGAGCCGCAACGCCGCGCCCGGACGCUAUUCAGCGCCGCGCCGCCAUGGCGGAGGCCGCCAUCCUGCGGGUGCGGCACUGCGGGGCCGCCAUCUUCUGCCGCCGGCCGCCCUCCCGCUGCCCCGCCUGCGGCCGCCCCCUGCGCGGCGCCGGGCUGCCCGCCGCCCCCGUCCGCCUCCCCAGCCCCUUCCGCCACGGCCACCGCCAGCCCCGCGCCUUCCUCCUCCGGCCCGCCGCCGGCACCUUCCUCGGGGGCUACGACGGGGAGUCCGACCUGCACGUCGGCAUCACCAGCACUCACGGCGUGGUGUAUAAUUACAACGAAGAAGGCAUUCACAGAGCUGAAACUGGAUGGGAACAGUGCAUUAGUAUCCCACUAGUACAGCCAGACAUGUUUGGGCUUCUUCAGCAGUGGGAUAAGCUCCUAGAGGAAUUUUCUGUGGGAGAGGCCUGGCUUCCUCACAGGCUGACUGCGCUGAUGGGAUUCUUGCUCAGAUGCUACAUCCAGAUGACUUCUUUGUUGUCAGUGAUCAGAAGUGGGAAGCACAGUCAGGCUCAUUUCCAGCUGGUUCAUAACAUUGCUUUGGACAGUUAAAUACAGAAAGACUUCCACAUAUUUUGAAUUAAACCAGUACGCUCCAGCAAGAGCGUUCAGUUCUUUGUAGCUUUCCUUGAAGUGAAUGCCCAAUGACAGUGUUACAAGUUACGCAGCCCAGCCAAAACACGCACUGCCACAUCACCAAGCCUGCUGAUGACAAAGCAGCCUGCUCUCCAACACACCAGUCCUUGAACUGUUCAUCAGUAACAGUACCUGUAACAAACAGCCUGUCUGAGCAUAGUUCUGUGAACUGUUGCUCACAGUUCUGAGCAUGUCUGUUGACGUCAUCUUAUAUAAAAGAAGACAAAAACCCACAAAAGAUCAAAAGCAGGUUUUAGCAAUUCAGUAUGUGCUUGACUCUAAAAUUUGAGAGAUAAUGUAUUAUCUUCCUAAUACCAGGGGAUGAAAGAAUUUGACCUAGAGUACAAUUUUUAAAUGUCUGUGGAACUUACAAAGCCAAUAGGAUUUGUGUCUCAUACUUAAGCAGUUCCCAGUGCCUUAAAGUUAUCACGAAAACUAACUUGAUGUCAAAAAAGCAUUGGUAGAAGGUGGGUAGGUGUGUGCACCUCUUCUACAAGCUUUUCUUUGCUUGUCCUCCAUCUGCUACCUCCUGACAAAGGGGCCUACUUUUUCCACAAAUAGACCAGUGACCACUAAACUGCUGAAAACCAACCUUUUUUUU